AUCCUAACCAUGGUUUCUUUUCCUCUUCACUCAGCGCCAAGAAAAAUAAAAAUCAAUCUUCUGUGUUCAUAACCUCUCUGUCAUGGAGACGACUUGGACCAGUUACUCCGGUAGCCGCUCAAUCAACCUCCGCCUUCGCCGCCGCGAAGAUUAGGUCAAAUCAUAAUCAUCGGCGAAGCCUCAACUCAUAUCCAGAUCUCUUUGUGAAGUUGAAGCCAUGGAAGACGACGAGAAAGGAGCUCUGGUGAAGAGCUUGAUUGACAUCGUCAACGACAUAUCGGCAAAAUCAGAUUACAGGUAUGUGGUGAAGAGACAGUAUUGCAACCUAGCGAGGAGGUUGAAGAUGUUGAUUCCAAUGUUCGAAGAGAUUCUGGACAACAAAGAGCCAGUCCCUGAAGAAUCGUUCGAAGCCCUAAAGUCGUUGAAGGAAGCUCUGGAAUCAACUAGAGAGUUUCUCAGAUUCGGAAACGAAGGCAGCAAGAUUUACCUGGUCCUGGAGAGGGAUCAGAUUAUGAAUAAAUUCCAAGAAGUGACGGCUUGUUUAGAGCAAGCUCUGGGCGGAAUUUCCUACGAAAAACUUGAUUUAUCAGACGAAGUCAAGGAACAGGUUGAGCUUGUUCUUUCUCAAUUCAGAAGAGCCAAAGGAAGGGUUGAUGCACCCGAUGUUGAGCUGUAUGAUGAUCUCUUAUACCUUUACAACAAAAGCAAAGAUGUGUCUGCAGAUCCAGCUGUCAUAAGGAGAGUGGCUGAAAAAUUGCAGCUAAUGGGAAUAGAUGACCUCACCCAAGAAUCACUAGCUUUGCAUGAGAUGGUUUUUGCCAGUGAUGGAGAUCCAGGGGAGAGCAUAGAGAAGAUGUCAAUGUUGCUUAAGAAAAUUAAAGAGUUUGUGCAGACAGAGAAUCCUGAUUUGGGUUCUCCUGCACAGGAAAGGUCUAUUCCUUCAAGUUGCAGUGAACAAGUGUCCACUGAUGGGAAUCACAAACCCCCUAUUAUGCCAGAUGAUUUCCGCUGUCCAAUAUCCCUGGAGUUGAUGAAGGAUCCUGUUAUUGUCUCCACGGGGCAGACUUAUGAGCGUUCCUGCAUCGAGAAAUGGCUUGAAGCAGGACACGACACUUGUCCACAGACACAACAAAGGCUCACUACCACUGCCCUCACACCCAACUACGUUCUACGUAGCCUUAUUGCCCAGUGGUGUGAGGCAAAUGGGAUUGAGCCACCUAAACGACCCCACUCUCAACCCAAUAGACUUCAUCGAGUUGACUCACCUGCUAACGUACUAAUAAAAAAUCUUUUCGGUAAGCUCACAUCCAGUAACCCUGAAGAUCAGCGAUCCGCAGCCUGUGAAAUCCGCCUUCUCGCCAAACGCAACGCUGACAACCGUGCCGCCAUUGCCGAAGCAGGUGCCAUCCCUCUGCUUGUAGGCCUCCUUUCAACACCUGAUUCCCGCACCCAAGAGCAUGCUGUCACAGCGCUUCUUAACCUUUCCAUAUACGAGGAUAACAAAGGAAGUAUCAUAUCCUCUGGGGCUGUCCCUGGUAUAGUACAUGUGCUCAAGAAGGGAAGCAUGGAAGCACGGGAAAAUGCAGCUGCGACCCUCUUUAGCCUCUCGGUUGUUGAUGAAAAUAAGGUUACAAUCGGUGCCUGGGGGGCGAUCCCACCACUCGUAACACUGCUUAAUGAAGGUACUCAAAGGGGGAAGAAAGAUGCUGCGACAGCAUUGUUCAACUUGUGCAUAUACCAAGGGAACAAAGGCAAGGCAGUGAGGGCUGGAGUCGUGCCCACAUUGAUGCAACUGAUCACAGAAACACAAAGUGGAAUGGUGGAUGAGGCGCUAGCUAUACUAGCGAUACUGUCUAGCCAUAACGAAGGCAAGGUAGCGAUUGGAGCUGCGGAGGCAAUACCGGUUUUGGUUGAGGUUAUUGGAAAUGGGUCUCCCAGGAACAAGGAGAACGCUGCUGCGGUUUUGGUUCACCUCUGUUCAGGAGACCAGCAAUAUCUCAUAGAGGCUCAGGAACUUGGUGUGAUGGGCCUACUGGUGGAUUUAGCACAAAAUGGCACAGAUAGAGGCAAGCGAAAGGCUGCACAGUUGCUCGAGCGAAUUAGCAGAUUUGUUGAGCAGCAGAAGCAGGCCCAGGCAGAGGCUGAGGCUGAGGCUCAGGCUCGGGCUCGGGCUCGGGCUCAGAACCAGCAAUCACUACCGUCCUCAGAAAAUGGCGUUGAUAGUAGAGAACCUGUGUGUCUCUCUUUUGUUGGUUUUGCUUCGACUGAUUUAGAAGGGGAAGGUGGAAGAUCACAAGCUCCUCAGUGAAGUUGAUACAUUUAUUUUUGUUGGGUUGAGGACCUACUUAUAAGAAAUUAUUGAGAGUCGUCAAAGUGGAAAAAGAGAGAGAAGGGGCUGAAAUGUGACAUUGUACCAUUGUAACAUUGUGUAAAACUGUAAGCAUCCUCAGUUUUUUAAUUGAAGGAGAUGUUUUCCCAGUUGAGAAUAAAAAAAUUUGUUCCAUGUUGCAGAGUU